AUGUCUUUUAUAAUGUUCAGCAAACUGAGAGAUUUUCUCCUGGAGCAUAGGAAAGAUUAUAUUAAUGCUUACAGCCACGUUCUGUCUGACUGUGGCAGGAUGACAGACACAGGAGACCAGAUAGACCAGGAUGCGCAGAUCUUCAUGAGGACCUGCUCGGAAGCAAUUCAGCAGCUCAGGACAGAUGCGCACAGGGAGGUCCACUCCCAGCAGGUGAAGGAGCACAGCACUGCCAUUCUGGAUUUCAUCGAGGAUUACUUAAAAAGAGUGUGUGAACUUGACUCAGAACAGAGAGCCAUCCGAGUUAAACGAGUGGUGGAUAAGAAGAGAUUAUCUAAGCUGGAACCAGAACCAAACGCAAAAACAAGAGAAUCCAUCGCUUCUGAGAAAGCGUCACAGAAUCCUUCAAAAGACUCUGAAGAGAAACCUGCCUCUGAAGAGUUCCCAGAAAAACUGUCUGAAGCGCAGCCUGACUUGAGUGCCUGGGGAGACGGCAAAGGAGAAGACGAGUUAUCCCCAGAAGAAAUGCAAAUGUUUGAACAAGAAAAUCAGCGGCCCAUUGGGGAGAUGAACAGCUUGUUUGAUGAAGUGAGGCAAAUCGAAGGGAAAGUGGUUGAAAUUUCCAGACUCCAAGAGAUAUUCACGGAAAAGGUGUUGCAACAGGAAGCGGAGGUUGACAACAUUCACCAAUUGGUGGUUGGAGCGACUGAAAACAUCAAGGAGGGCAUCGAAGACGUUAGAGAGGCCAUCAAGAACAACGCCGGCUUCCGCGUGUGGAUCCUCUUCUUCCUCGUGAUGUGCUCCUUCUCCCUGCUCUUCCUCGACUGGUAGGACAGCGAGCCGGCCUCGGGCGGCUGUGCCGGCAGGC